CACUUUCUUGCUUGGUUUCCCUUUAAUGGCAAAGUUUUAGAGAGAAAACAAGACAAGAGAAGUGGGCAUCUGAAAUUUAUUAUGUGGGGAGGAGAGGGGACAAAGACUACUGCUUUAGUUUUCGGCUUUGUCUUCUGGAGAUCAUGAACCCAGCUCAAGUUAAAAGGUUUGAUGCUGUAAGCAUGGAGAAGCUUUCGCCUAAGAGCCCCGUGAUCUAUGAGAAAUACAAAUCUGGCUGCGCAUGGUGUUUGAUUGGUUUAUGUGACUUUAGCCAAGGUCAUUCCAACAAGAAGCUGAUUUCUAAUCGAGGACGACCCAAUUCAAAUGUUGCAGAUAUAAUAAGGGAAGAAGAGAAGAUUACUACAAGUAGAGAAAAUGGCUUAGCAAAGAACCAUAGAAGAAAGGCAAACAAGACUUUUAAGAGACAUGGUUGCAAGGACGUAUCAACUGUGGUACAUACACAACCUUCUAAUGAAAAUUUGGUGGGCAUGCCUUCGAAAAGGUUUAAUGGAGCAGCAUCGAUUGAAACAUCCUGCAAUGAGGGGCAUCCUAAAAGUGGAAAAGUUUUCUAUAGAAGAGUCAAUUCUCAGGAGAAUGGCCAGCUUAGUGAGAUCAAUUUGCAAGUUCAGAUGAGUGAGGCGGCUGAAGCAUUUAUAAAUCAGAAGAUCGUUAAAGGAAAAUACCAUGGCAGAGAUCAGGCGAGCAACCAAUCUAAACAUUUCUUGGAUGCAUUAGAAAUAUUAAAUUCCAAUAAGGAAUUAUUCAUGAAGCUGCUACAUGAUCCAAAUUCUCUGUUAGUGAAACAUAUCCAAGAUUUGCGUGAUUCCCAGGCGAAAAAUCAGGAGACUAAAUUGUCAGAAACUUGUGAUAGAUUCCCAUCCAAGGGAAGUGUUGAUCCUCAACCUUCAAACAGAAUUUUACUUCCGAAGUCUGGCAGCUCUGGCUCAACAUACAUGCAAAACAGUGCAGGUGAGACCGGAGAUUUCUCUUCUCCACAGUCCCUUUAUAGCUUGAGAGAUAGAGCACAGAGUGGUAAACCUGCAUAUUUUUCCUUUGAGCAUAUGAAAAGGAAGUUGAGACAUGCUAUUGGGUUAAGCAGAAAAGGGAAGCCCUUGUUGUCAACAGUUACACUACAUAAAUCUUCGAGGGACAAUCAGGGUUUGGGAGAUGGCAAUAAAGAAAAUGAUUUGGGGGUUACAGGAAGCAACUCACCCUGUAAAAUCUGUCUUGGUUCCAUUGACAACAAGACGGGAGACAAAGUGGGCAAGGUGAAAGAUUUUGACUCAGGUACUAGACAAAAAAAUGCCUUAAAAAGUGGAACUAGCCAUGAAAACUCGAAAUUGUCCAUUGUCAGGCAUCCUAAACAAAGCGAAUUGAAUAUGUAUAUGGAGUCUAGGCAACAUCUCCCUGAGGUCUUAAGGAAUAGAAAUGAGAUUCUUUUAAGAAAACAGUUUUCAAGAACCCUGGACAGGAUUAUUUCUUUCCCUGAGUACCACUUCUUCUCUGCACUGAGUCCUGGAAGACAUCAAGAACAUGGCUCCAUUGCUGCACGAAUGAGAUUCUCUCCUUUUAGCAAUCAUCAAAUGGUCAGUCAGAAGAGAAAGAUGCUUCAGGGAGGAAAUAAAAACAGCCACUUAAGUUCACUCAGGCAGAUUGCAGAGGUUCCAUCAUGGACUGAUGGCAAGAGACUUACCAACCAAUCACAAACCUUUGAUACAAAGUCUAAUAUCUCUCAGAAUCAUCAUUCUGAUAUCAAAUUGCAUGAAUGUGUAUCUUCUGCAGACUACACUUCGAGUGCUAUCGGUUCUAUGAAGGUUGUAGAAACAUAUAAUACUAUAAAAGCAAGAAAAGUUAGUUCUUUGGGAGCCUUAGAACCAAAUGUGCCAAAUCAUGCUGGUGCAGAUCAGAAUGCUGUUUUAGCCAACACAGUUGAAGAAAACAGUCUGGAGUGCGCAAAAUUGGAUUCACCAGAGGAAAGUUGUACAUCAGUGUCUCCAGAAGACGUUUAUACUUCAAGUCCCUUGAGCAGUAAGAGUUUAGAAAAUUCUGCUGCCACGAAAGAUAAAGCAGAGCAUCAAAGUCCGGUAUCUGUUCUCGAGAAAUUUGUUGAAGAUAUCAGCUCUCCAAGCACCAUAUCUCAGCCUGCUGAGCUAGCAGUCGAGCCAAAACAAAUUAAUUACGAAGAACAAUGUUCUGCUGCUGUCAUGAUGUCUCCUGUGGAUUUGAAGAUAAACUCAAGUAAUGUGAUAAAUGAGCAUGAACCCAUGUGCAAGUAUAUGAGGGCAGUGUUGGAAGCUGCUGGUAUAAAUUGGGAUGAACUUUCAAUAAAGAGCCAUUCAUCAGACCAACUUCUUGAUCCGUCCUUGUUUGAUGAAGUGGAGUUAUUGCCUAAUGAAUUUUGUGUGGAUCAUAUGCUCCUCUGCGACUAUAUUAAUGAAGUCCUUGGAGAGUUAUGCCUGAGUUAUUUCAGUUGCUCCCCAUGGCUAUCAUUUGCCAAACAAAUCCGACCAGCAAAAAAUAUGGUUUAUGAGGUGAUGAAAUGUGUUGACUGGAACCUUCUCGCGCAGCAGUCGACUCCAACAUUGGAUCAACUUGUUGAAAAGGACUUGGCAAGACCUGGAACAUGGAUUAAUAUCCGAAUUGAGGCCGAAGAAACAGUUAAUGAAAUGGUAGAAAGUCUCUUAGAAGAACUGACACUGGAAACUGCAAUCCAUCUGAGUAUUUGAAGCCUUACAUUUUUGUUCAAUGAGCUUUCAUCUGAAUUGCACAGAGCAGUUUGCAACACAGGUUUCCUUAUACCUGAAAUGCAGCACC